AUGCCACCACUUUCGAAUUUGAUCCAUCGACAACGAACGUACAUGUUUUCGCCCAUCGAUGGCUGCUGCCGCCGCCGCCACCACAUGCACAAUGAUGAUGACGACGACACCAUGUUUCAAGACAUUUUGGCCGUGCUGGUGCAUCCGUGCAAACCGAAACGACGACAUCGUCCACAACCCACGCCCCCUUCCGCACCACCCACCAAGUCGACCAAGCCGAAACGAAUUCCCAAACGCAUCCGCACCACCCCGUUUCGAAUGAUCCAAGCGCUGCACAGCCAAGUGGCCGAGCUCACGCGUCACCGCGACAGACUUCGAAGCACUAAAGAACUCUUGCGCAACGACCUACCAAAGGAACAUGUCGAGGUGGAAGCAGCCCUGCGGGAACGUGUGACCCUUCUUCGGCAAAAGGACCAGUUGGCAGCCAUCAUCGACACGCUGCAAUCCGAGUUGUUUCCGCCGGAAUACUGGUGCGUCCCCCCGCCCUUUCAGGCCAAACCAGAACCAUACUGCAACAACUUUGACGAGCCCCACGACAACUGGGCUGACAUGCCCCCGAUACAUCAUGCAGCUUGCCAUAUCAUCGAUAUGAAUCCGCCAAUGUUGACGCCCUCAUUCGCGCGAACGCUGCCUCCGCUCCAGCACCCCCCCACCAUCAUGGCAACCGGCCAUGGUGGUAUUCACGACAUUGAUUUCAUCAAGAUGGAAUACCUCUAG